AUGGGGACAGCCAAGGGCCAGCUGAGGGAUUCUGCGUGUGGACAAGAGCACAUUCCUGAUUUGGCACGUGACAAGUACUACCCUAAUCCUGGGGACCUGAUUGAGAUCAGACGAAGACAUUAUAUAUUCCCAUAUCAGCACUGGGCAAUCUAUGUGGGAGGUGGAUAUGUCAUCCAUGUGACAGAUUUAGCUGGAAAGAUUCCACACACGUCAGGCAGCAGAAGGGCGUGGGUGAAGAAGGAGCCCCUGAAGGAUGUGGUGGGAAAUGACAACUGGGAUGUCAACAACAASUAUGAYUGGYACCRCGUUCCAUUCCCUGUGGAGGAGAUCAUCCGGCGUGCUGAGCGCUGGAUUGACAAGGAGGUGCCAUAUCGUCUGCUUCUCCGCAACUGUGAGCACUUUGUGACAACGCUCCGCUACGGAGAGGGGCUCUGUUUCCAGGUGAGUGCCCCGGGCUGAGCCCCUGUGUGCCUCCCAGGGCACCUCCUGGCUGCUCGCUGCUCGCCGCGGGGCUGGGACACAGCCUGCACCCUGCAUGGGGACAGCCAAGGGCCAGGCGUGGGCUCCARAGCAGCACUGCCUCUGGGCUGCCCACAGCCCCUGCACCUGGAGGGUCACUGUGCUCUGUCUGCACCCUGACACUGCCCUCUUASUSAAURCCACCUCCUAAGGC